UUCCAUUUUAUGGAAUGAGCCUUAAACAAGUGAUCAACAUUGUCUGAAAUAUAGCUCAAAUCACAAAACAACCUCAGUAAGACUUCAGUGUUUCUAUGUUCAGAUCGCUAUGAAUUACAGUCUUUUGUCAUACCUGUACUGAAUUUCCACCUCUUUGUGCGCGAACGCUUUGCGCAGUCGCUCUGAUUGGUUCGUUUCAGUACAUAUGAAUUAUACAUCUCACGUUGCGUAAUUUUCCAGUCAAUAUGAGACAGAUGGCGCAUACAGCAACUUACUGACAAGAAGUUACUGGGAAACAAAACAGAAAUACAGAGAAAUACGCGGCCAGAUAGGGUAUGAAUAAAUGGUAGCUAAAAACAGCUCUUCACAAAUGAUGAGGAAAUCCGCCGUGUGUUGAUAGCGCCAUGGAUGAUCAGUGUCAGAAUGUGAUUGACGAUUUAUUCAGCGGUCAAUGGACUUUCUGCACCUGUUUGCAUCAGGAAAAAGGCUCUCGCCGCUGGGGAAGCCUCUCUGGGUCCGGCCGAGCAGUUUCAGCACCAGCGCCGACGACGGCAUCAGCCCAGCUGACGUAUUCAUAAAGCAGAGCAAAAGCGAAGAUUUCACACGAUGUCCUCGGCGGUAUUAGAGAAAUUGCUCAGAGGUCGUCUCUUUCAUGCCAGGCAGUACCUCAUGGGGCAUAAAUCUACCAUCACAAUGGCACCCGCUGAAAACUGUGAUAUUCUUAUGACAUUCCCAGACACCACAGAUGACCAUACGCUGUUAUGGUUACUGAACCAAAUCCGAUUGGGAAUUCCACAAAUCAAAAUUCAGAUCCGACAGCAUAAAUACACUCACACCUAUGCAUUCUUCAUUGCCUCAACCUUUGAGAACUUGUUGCGUGGAGCUGAACAGAUGGGGAUGCAAAAGGCAGUGAAGCCACGCUAUGGAGGCGGCACUCGCAGGUUUUCAUGUGAGGAGGAUGACAUCUAUGAAAACAUCGAGAGUGAGCUAUGUUUCUUCACAUCACAGGAGCGUCAGAGUAUUAUCAAAUAUUGGUUGGAUAAUCUGCGGGCCAAACAGGGCGAUGCCCUUCAUAAUAUUCACUUCCUGGAGGGUCAACCAAUCAUACCAGAGCUUAUAGCCAGAGGAGUGAUUCUUCAAAUGUUUCCCCUUCAUGAGCAGAGAAUCCUGAACCAGUUGAUGACGUCCUGGGUUCAGGCAGUCUGUGAGAGGCAACCUCUAGAUGAUGUGUGUGAUUAUUUUGGCGUGAAGAUUGCCAUGUACUUUGCAUGGUUGGGCUUUUACACCAACUCUAUGCUGUAUCCAGCAGUGAUUGGCUUUCUGCUCUGGAUCUUUGCUGAGUCUGAUCAGACAAGUCAGGAUAUCUGCUGUGUGGUAUUUGCCAUUUUCAAUGUGGUGUGGGCAACACUGUUCCUGGAGAGAUGGAAGCGGCGGGAAGCAGAAUUGGCAUACAAGUGGGGAACGCUGGACACCCCUGCAGAGUCACUAGAGGAACCCCGUCCACAGUUUCGAGGAAUUAAGCGUCGCAGUCCAGUGACAGGCUGUGAGGAGUUUUUCUACCCACCCUGGAAGAGGAGAAUGUUCCGCUGGUUGGUCAGCUUUCCCAUCUGCAUCCUCUGUCUCUGCUUCGUCUGCUUGGCCAUGUUUAUCUGCCUGGAACUUCAAGAAUUUGUCAUGGAAACAAAAGAGUUGCCAAGCAUAUGUAGAUUUAUUCCCAAAAUUCUUCUGGCUAUAACUGUUACUGUAUGUGAUGAAGUGUACAAGAAAAUAGCUCUCUGGCUCAAUGAUAUGGAAAAUUACAGACUUCAAAGCACUUAUGACAAUAAUCUCAUCCUCAAGACUGUUUUUUUUCAGUUCAUAAAUUCUUACCUCAGCCUUUUCUACAUCGGAUUUUAUCUCAAAGACAUGGAGCGGUUAAAAGAGAUGCUGGCUACGUUAUUGAUCUUCCGCCAGUUUCUACAAAAUAUCAAAGAAGUGCUACAGCCAUAUCUCUAUGAGCACCAUAAAUUAGGUGCUUUGAGGACGUUAUGGGACUUAAUUCAAACCAUGCUCCUGAACUAUAGUCAUUUGAUAGUGCAAAGGAUACGACUGACUUGCCAAGCCAGUCUGGACAUGAAUAAAAGUGGCACGUCUCCAGAGCAAUCAGAGAAGAGAGAGAGGAGGAGUUUAAUCGCCAGCUACAGAGUUCCCAAAACAGAGGAAGGUGAUGAUGAUGCUGGUCUGAAGCAAAGGAAGGUCAGCUUCACCGAGAAGGUGGAAUACAAAGACAAGGUUGUGGAAGCACCAACACAGGCCAGCUUACAAGACGAUGGCAGUCCCACCCUUGUGGAGGAAGGAAUGGAUCCAUCCUUAAUAUUUGAUAUACGUGAUGAUGACGAUGAUGAUGAUGACAGAGAAAUGGAUGAUUCUCUGAGUAAACCCCUAGGACCUCAGAGAAAAAAGACAAAAUCUGCUCGGGACAACAACAGUACGGAAAAGAAAAUGUCCUGGAUGGACCCUCCAGAGGAGCCUGAAUCUACUGUUUUGACCCAGCCGGAAGUUGAAAGUUGCAUGCUAAUUUAUGAGGAUACUCUCCAAGAUUACCAGGAGAUGUUCAUACAGUUUGGCUAUGUUGUGCUCUUCUCUUCUGCAUUUCCUCUGGCAGCCAUGUGUGCACUCAUAAACAACAUUGUAGAGAUCCGAAGUGAUGCCUUAAAACUUUGCACAGGCCUCCAGAGACCCUUUGGGCAAAGGGUUGAAAACAUUGGACAAUGGCAGACCGCAAUGGAGGCAAUGGGUCUGAUUGCAAUAAUUGUGAACUGUUACCUUAUUGGUCAGUGUGGACAGCUGCAACGACUCUUCCCCUGGAUGAGCCCUGAGGCGGCCAUCAUUUCUGUUGUAGUAUUAGAGCACUUUGCCAUUCUGCUCAAAUAUGUAAUUCACGUUGCAAUUCCUGAUAUUCCAAAUUGGGUAGCAGAUGAGAUGGCCAAACUUGAAUACCAGCGGAGAGAAGCUCUCAAGAAACAUGAACGCCUCGCACAGCAGCAUCAACAGCAGCAGCGGAGGAAGACUGAAGAAGAAGAGGAACAUCACAAAAUGGCAGAGGAAUUGGCACGACAAGACAGUGAGCAAGACAAGUCUGAUCUCAGUGGGGGUGAGGACCAUCAUCAUGAAAAAAGCCCAGGGGCCAAGUUCAGCUCCGGAGGAGAUAAACUCAAGAGACCCAGCUCCCUUUUAGGCAACAAUAACGUAAUGAAACUCAAACAGAUAAUCCCACUUCAGAGUAAAUUCACCUCUACCACUUCUCCCACAAGUGGUGAGGCCAAACUUCCGGGUUUUCUGAAGUUCCUCAAGUCCCAAGAGUUAAAAAAGGAAGCCGCUGCUGCAGUUGCACCAGCAGGUACACAUGGGAGCCAUGAGAAAUCACAGUCUCCCAGCAAGUCCUUCAACCCAGGAAAACGCUUCAACUUUGGAAAAGAAACUGCAUGUACUGGUACUGGUUCUGAACAGCAAGCGAAACCAGAAGAUGUCUCAAGGGCCACUAAUGCACAACACACAAAUAAUGACCAAAGUUCCUCAUCAGAAGAGCUUCCAUCUGAAGUUGAAAAGACUGAGAGCUCAGACUUUGGUAAUAAUCUUUCAAAAAAACAGUGAAUUAAAUGGUUAAACAACUUAAUAUAUAGCACUGAUUGUAAUGUUUAACAUUUGCUUAAAUGUCAUCAAGCAACCAUGUAGUGAGUGGAACUGCAUGUCAAAGAUCAUUUGGUAACACUUUAUUUUACAGUGUCAUUGUUACAUAUGUUACAUGUAGUAAUAACUAUAAAUUAUGCAUAAUUACAUGCAACUAACCCUAAACCUAACCCUAUAGUAAAUACAUGUAUUUACUUAAUAUUAUUCAGUACUUAAAUGUACAGUAUAAUUACAGUGUAACAAAGACACCUUAAAAUAAAGUGUAACCGAUCAUUUUAAUACAAUAUAUUAAUCUGAGAUCUCCACAUAGUUUACAAACUGAAGGCGGCAUGAUAAAUCACCUGCAUGAUAAAAUCUGUUUAGGCAUAGGCAAGCAAGAAACGACGUUUGAAUGAGCACUGUCUUUAAUCAAAAAAAUGUACAGAUUUUCUAUUUUUCUACGCAUUAUUAUUUUUCUUAUAUGAAACAGUAAAUAUGACAAUCUAAAAAUAUUGUAUUGUCCUUGCUGACUUUGAUCUCAUGAGUGUGAACCCAUAAUGCAAUAAAAUGAAAUUACUGUGAAAAUAAAUUUUAAAAACAGUAUAUUAGACACAUUAUACACCAAGUAACUUCAGAGCCCUGUUUUUUUUUUUUUUUUACUUUUGUACUAUUAUCACAAUACCAAAUAAAUGCACCUCAAAUGGCUUUUAAAAAUGAAGUAUAAUGCUUAAAUAAAAUGAUACCAUACAUCAUGACAAA